GGAGGGAGGAGAGAGAAGCUGGAGGAGCUUGCUGACACGCUUCGGCCACACGAUUACAGAGGGAGGUGCGGAGGGAGAAGGGGAGAGAGAGAGAGAGAGAGAGAGAGAGAGAGAAGGGGAUAUAGGGAUUGGGGAAAGUAAGCGAGAGAGAGAGGGGAAUUGGAAGGAGAGGGUGGUGCGGAGCAAUAAAUCGGUAAUCGAGGCCAUCCCGCUGCCACAGCCGUCGAGAUGGCGGCGUUGCAGCAGAGUCUGUCGUCGUUCUGAUCUCUCUCGCUUCGCCCAAACUGGUUCCCUUUUCGGAUUUCAAGACAACCGUGGAGGAUCGAAGACCGCAACAGUGAGAAGAAAUUUAAGAGGCAGAAGGGGAGUAGAUACGUAUUUAUAUACGGAGAGAGAAGAAUCAGGCAGCGUCGCCUGCUCCACUCGCUGCAGCUGCUGCCACCGCCGCCGUUUGCAGCACGCUUCCGGGGCAAAAAAGCAGCAGCAGAACAAAAGCAUACGGCGACCAUUCCGCUUCGCGCCUUCGCCUUCUUUAUCGCUGGGAUGGAUGCAGCGAUAUAAUUAAGGCGGUGGAGACGGAGAUAUGGCAGGAUUCUUUCUCGGAGGAGGCAGCGGCGCCGGUGGCAGUCAUCAGCCGCCGCGAAGCGGAGUCCCUCCGACCGAAGGCGGGUUCUUUCUUUAUGAGCCCCGUGGCGGCGGAGGCGGCCGGGGGGAGGACGCCUCCGCUGGGUACGCUACCCGUGGGUUCGAGCUGUGGCAGCAACACGGCCAGAUCUACCCCGGCGGCGGGGGCGUCUUCCCUGACGAGGCGCAACCGCGCGGCGGCGUGAGCUGCCGGGACUGCGGCAAUCAGGCGAAGAAGGACUGCGUCCACCUCCGCUGCCGCACCUGCUGCCAGAGCCGCGGCUUCGCCUGCUCCACCCACGUCAAGAGCACCUGGGUGCCCGCCGCCAGGCGCCGCGAGCGACAGCAGAAUCUCGCCGGUGGCGCUCAGCUUGAUCACUACCGCCACCGCGCCUCCUCAAGCAGCGACGCCGCCGCCAACGCAGUCACUGAGCCUUCCAACUCCAAGAGGCAGCGAGAGCUCACAGCGGGCAGCGCGCGACCCACCACCGCAAUCGCUGUCCCAUCCAUGUUUGGAGAGCUGCAGGAGAGCUUCCCGGCGGAGGUGAGCGCUCCGGCGUCGUUCCGGUGCGUGCGGGUGAGCCACGUCGACGAGGGGGACGAAGUCUACGCCUACCAGACGGCCAUAAACAUCGGCGGCCACGUGUUCAAAGGGCUCCUUUAUGACCACGGCCCGGAGGCAGGGCCGUCGGAGACGUAUCCCGCUGGCGGAGCCUCUACUUCAUCCUCCCGCCACCCCCACCUCCGCCAUCCCGGCGACACCGGCUCCUCCUCCCCAACCGCCACCGCGGCGCUCGGAGACGCCGCCAUUAAUGCGACGGCCGUAGACCAACUGUUCGACCCGUAUCCGACGCCGCUGAGCGCGUUCAUGGCCGGCACGCAAUUCUUCCCGCAUCAACACAGACCUUGAGAAAUUAAUUAUAGCAGGUCCACGUCCACUCGAUCUGAUCUUGCUCUCCUUGUUGUUGUGCACCUCAAUAUCAUCAAUUCUGUAAUCCAUGGAAUAAUCAUUUAAGCUUUAGUUUUCUCUUA